AUGACCACAAGCCCCUUGCACCAACCGGGCAGAUAUAGAGCCGAAUUAUCGAGGCUAUUGGGAGAGCGCGAAGAGCCGGCCGACACUGCAUCCCAUCGGCAGGAGUGCCCGGGGCAACCGCUUUCAACCGACUCGGUUGGCUCAGAAUCUGGCAGCCGAUCAACCAGGAGAAGAGCAUCUGGCAUUUCAUCCACAGGCUACCGAUCCUCAAUGUCGGAAUCAUUGCAACAACUAUGCACGCGAGUGAGGACGAUUGAAAAUAAUGUGAUAACCCUCGGACAAGAGCGCACGGACGAUCGGACCACUGUCUCAGAGCUCAAGGAAGCGAUCAAGGAGGUUAAGGAGAUGCUGGCGGCGAUGAACGCUCGGUUAGACCAGAUGUGCAAGGCAAAGGGUGAAUCCACGACUCAACGUCACCCAGCGCGCAAGCAGAGAAGAAGACCUCGAUCGGAGAAAAGCGACAGGAGAAAAAGGCUUCUACCGGAGGAAAGCUAG